AUGGCAUCUAAUGUCUUGUUCACCAAACAAGGGGGCGGAAAUGCGACUUUGACUGUUGUGGAAACUACCAUUGGAAACCUUAUGGGCCCCUUCCUCAGCCCCGUCCUCAUCCGGAUGUACCUGCUCUCCAACGCAUGGUACACUGAUGUCAUCCCGUCUCAGGCUGGCGGAUACACCGCUCUAUCCAGAAGAGUAUUCAUGCAGUUUGGUCUGUCAAUAUACCUCCCCAUGACAGUGGGUCAGGUCGUACGCCACUUCUUCCCCAGAGCGGUGCAGAAGGUGUUUUUGGAUUGGAACUUCUCCAAAAUCGGAUCCUUCUGCAUGUUGGCCAUCUUGUGGCAGACUUUUGAUCGGGUUUUUGCAGAAAAUGUUCUGACGCACGUCAAACCCUCCAAUCUGGUUUUCAUCAUCUAUAUCUGCAUUGCCAACUGGGGGAUCUGGCUCGCUCAGUGCUUCUUACUUUCUAUGCUCUGGCUCGGUCGAAAAGAUACUAUCGCGGCGUGCAUGUGUGCAUCGGCGAAAACCCUGGCUCUCGGAGUGCGUCUCAGUUUUCUGCUUUUUGAAGGCAUUACGGAAAAUGAAGAGGCCAAGCUCCAGGUGCCGAUGCUUCUCUUCCAGGUCUUCAUGCUGGCUCUGGGGAGUUUGUCCACGCUAGUCUUUAGAAGAUGGGUGCCGGCGGAAGAGAAGCAAGUAGAGUCUGGAGAGCAAGUUCUGGAGGUUGUUACGGAUGCCGAGGCAACGAAAGCCGAUACAUCCAUCAACGCUUCCCGGGACUUACCAUAA